AGCGGAUAACUAAAAGGGGCACGUUUCUUGGGCUAGGUUCGUUAGUUAUCUAGUUAUCUAUCAAACUACAUGAUAAAGCGUUUUUUAAUCUGUUUGUCUAAUACCAAAUCUUAAAUCUUUUCGCUAAAUCACGAAUUCGAGUUCUCCUGGUAGCAACCACGAGUACACCAAAGUAUAAGCUCCGGAGCCGGCGAGCGGUUACCACGCAAACCCGCGGCUCCAGUACAGCGCAGGCCAGGCCAGGAGGCGGCGGGGAAAAAGUGCCAACAGUGCGGCUGAUUUAACGUUACAUUAAUCGUAAACAGUGUUGAAAAAGGUGCCCACAUUCUGCCGCAGAGGAGAGCACCACGAUGAGGAGAAAUCAGUAGGCACCCUCCAUAGUAUGGCCGCGUCCCGCUCUUCGCGCGUCACAAGAUCAUCAGUGGGGUUAAAUGGAUUGGACGAGAACUUUUGUGGCCGAACCCUCAGGAACCGUAGCAUCGCCCAGCCGGAGGAGACAUCGCCGCCUCCCAGAGCUCGAUCGCCCAAAAAGAAGCAGGACAACCAGCAGCACCAGCAGGCCGGGACUAACUCGGGAAAGGUAGCCGACGGGAAGCCGGAGGGCGAACCUGCAACUGGCCACAGAAAACGAGGCCUAUCCGUCUCUGAGAAAGAAGAGCCAGAGAGGUCGGAAGGCUCGGAGAGAGGUCGGGCCGGAGGAGGCCAAGAAACCUCCCCUGUCCUGAAGAGAGCCAAGCGCUGCUCUCGCUCAGGGGAAUCCCAGGGAACCGAGGAGGAACAUUCUCCAAAAUCAGAAAGCCCUGAACCUGCUGCAGCCAAGGAGAACGAUGAGGACUCAAAAUUGGACACAUCAUCAGCUUCUCCAUCUCUCGGUCUUGAGAAAGACCCAGAGGAGAAAAAGGACAAGUCUGAAUCAUUGGAGGAGAGCACCUCUCCCUCACAGGCAGAUGAGUCCCACAAGGCGACCAAUGGCCUGGCGGAGCUCCAUAAGGAGCUGCUUAAGGAGGACUUAGAACCUGCAGCCUUGCCUGAAGAGCCUUGUGCCUCCCCCACCACACAGACACUCACGAACAGUCCCUCGCUGCCCAACGGCAGCCAGGCAGCUCCCUCGACCCCUGACCCCAUUGUGCCUUGUAAAUCCCCGCUAAUUCAGCAGGUUGACGAGUCAGACGGCCCCCAGCUUGACGGCGAAAGGAACUGCUCAGCGGAGGAAGCAGCUGAAGCCGUGCUGUCUCUGGACCCAGAAGUUGAGGUCGAGGUGGAUGUAGAUGUGGUGGGGGAUUCCAUUCAGGCCCAGGACGAGCGCACGGUUGAGGAAAACGCCAAUGGCUGCACACCGGUGGAACCGCAAGACCCUUCAGACGACUGCUCAAAUAUCUCAGGAGAAACGACAGGCUUGGCCUCCUUCAGGCUACCGGCAGAACCUCCCUCCUUCACGGAGCCUCAAGAACACAGAUACACCUUGCGGACUCCGCCUCUUGAUGGAUGCGCUCAAUCCAGUUCUCCAAAGCCUGACUCCUCACACACAGACAAUGGCUUACCUAAAGAGGAGGAGGAGGUGGAGGAGGAGGAAGUGGAGGCCACAACAGUUCCUCUGAACUCUGAUGAGGCCUGUCACAAAGAACCUCCAGUCGAUGGACCAAGUCUCACGGUUGAGGCUGACAGUGAAGUUUCUGAGCAGGUAGAGGCCAAGGCUAGUGAAGAGGCUGCUGUGUUGGAUGGUAGAAUGUCCAGAUCCACCAAAGAACCAUCAGUCAGCCUGACUGAGGAUGAGGAGGAGGAUCCUGAUGUCUACUAUUUCGAGUCUGAUCACUUGGCGCUCAAACACAACAAAGAUUAUCAGAGACUACUCCAAACCAUCGGUGUGCUGGAGGCCCAGCGAACCCAAGCCAUCCUGGACCUGGAGACGUUGGCCUUCCACCAGAAGCAGGCCCUGACUGACCCCAUCUCCUUUGUGGACCAGCUUCAGAAACGGGUUGAGUUGGGUUUGCCGUGUCCUCAGAGAGUGGUCCAGCUCCCUGAAAUCGCGUGGGACCAAUACACCUCAGGCCGCAGUGAAUUUGAAAGGGAGUUCUGUGACAAAAAGCGCAAAACAAGGCGGUUAAAGUUGAUCUUUGACAAAGUGGGGUUACCAGCAAGACCAAAAAGUCCAGUGGAUUCCAAGAAGGAGAGUGACAGUUCUACUCUCUACUCCUCUUUGCCUUCUAGCGACGCUCCAGAACACAGCAUGGCCAGCAACAGAACACAGAUGAUCCGAGGGCGACCGUAUCACCAGAGCAAGCCAGACACUUUCAACCAGCUGUGGACGGUGGAGGAACAGAAAAAGCUGGAGCAGCUGCUUCUGAAGUUUCCACCUGAGGAGGUGGAGUCGAAACGCUGGCAGAAGAUUGCAGAUGAACUGGGGAACAGGACGGCCAAACAGGUGGCCAGCCGAGUGCAGAAGUAUUUUAUCAAACUGACAAAGGCUGGAAUUCCAGUACCGGGAAGAACUCCGAACCUGUGCAUGUACAGCAAAAAGGCGUCCGGGAAGAGACACCACCACCUCAACAAGCACCUGUACAGACCAUCCACCUUCCUCACCUCCUACGAGCCGCCGGUCUACAUGGACGACGAGGACGACCGCCCCGGCUUCUUCAGCAGCCUGCAGGAUAACGCUGCAGAUGACUCGGAUGAGGACAGCGUGCCGGUGGAGUUGAGGCACUUGCCGGAGUACAAAGAACUGCAGGAGCUGAAAAGACUCAGGAAGCAGAAGAUCCAGGAGAUCCACAGUGAAAGUGCUCUAGCCCAACACAUGGGCUACAAGUGCGAUGCGUGUGGCAUGGAGCCGAUCCAGGGUGUGCGGUGGCACUGCCAGGAUUGCCCGCAGGACAACGCCGUAGACUUCUGUGGAAACUGCUCCGACUGUUUGUUCAAGACGGAGACCCACAAGCCCAGCCACCGUCUGGAGCCGGUGUACCAGGCCGAGACCUUCCUGGACAGAGACUACUGCCUGCCGCCCAGCGCGGGCUACAACUACCUGGACCCCAACUACUUCCCGGCCAACAGAUGACACGAGCGCGGUGGGCCGCAGCCCCCGGGGUAUUCCACGCAUGGCUCAUCCACCCGAGAGGCAGAACCGCUUACAGCAGGAGGAGGGAUCCGCAGACCAGACCGCACCUCCACCCAAACAAUCAACCGCUCGCACCACGGCCGCCACACCCUGAACCGGCCUCCUCCAGUUAAAACGCCACGGUGAAGAAGUGAAGAUGCUGAGACAGGAAAAGAGAAGAAGCAUCUCUGACCCAAACCCCCUCCAACGUCCAGAGGGUCUUGGUAGGAGAGAGCGAGAACGAGACGGAGAGCGUGUUUAGAAAUUGAUUUGAGCUGAAAGAGCAGUGGAAUCUCAGACUGUUGGCAGAUCAGAAGUGUUCAGAAGGUCAACGCUGAGAAGGUGUGAAGGUGUUUCUGUAGUGUGCUCUUUCUAAGUGUGAAGCUUUUCCAUGUUUGGGCUGGACAGGGAGGGUCUCAGUGCUGAAGCCGCUGUCUUUCCGAUUCAUGUCAGGUUUUUAACCAGUUGAGGGGGAUUUGCUAAUAACUCGGACGUUCUUAACGGUAAGAAAAAAGAAAAACUUAAGUCGACGUAUCCAGAGAACACGUCUCACACAGUGGGCUACCACUUUUACUAGAAGCUGCUUGAUUUUUUUUUUUUUCUUUAUCCCACCCAACUCUUACAUCAUGUUACUAUUAUUAUUAUUUUUCCUGUUUUUUCUUGUUUGUUUUAAAUGUUAUGAGCCCACUCCACUUAAAGCCCGCUAGGUUCUCAACUACGAAGCACUACAGCACGGACAAGACCAGCUGAGACGCACUUGCUAGGUGACUAAUAGCUUAUGAACGUGGGGGGAAACAAAAAGGGUGUCGUUUCUCAUUUUUCUUUCUCUGUGUGUACCGUCGUCGAUCAUGUGGAGUAUACAGAUGUAUGGUGAAACUAGCCAGUGGUAGGUGCUGUGCCAUCUUUCUUUCUUUCUUUCCUUCCUUCCUUUAUUUUUAUUGUCCAGAUAAUUCCACGUCUGAACCUUGGCCACGUUUUAGAAGAAGAACUUUAUAGAAAAAAAAAAGUGAAGAGCUUGUGGCACUUUUUGCUCUCGAUGAAGCAACAACCCGAUCAUCAUGCCCUUAGAUCUGUGUAAUUCUUUCUUUUUUAUUUUAUUUUUCAGUUUUGCAGUUUCCUUGUGGUCCACGACAAAAUUUGUAUUUUUAUUAUUCUAUUUAAACAGCAGUGAUGCCGAGGAAAAGAAGAUAUCAAGGUGGCGGCUGCCACCCAAAGUGGUACACCCACGUUAUUUUAUACACAUAGAUUUUGUUGUGCUUCAAGUAGACCAUUUUUGUAUGGAUUCUGUUUCGUUCACACACCCCAGACUCACCCUUUGCCCCGCUUCAAUAUCAGUGUAUAAAAGUCUGUUCUUAAAUAAUGUUAAAAUUGUUAGAGGAGAACUGUGGAAAUAAAAGUAUGUGAAAAGUCUUUCUA